AAGAUGGCUGUUUUCUGUUUUUCACGCGUUGUCAAGUUUUUUCUCAACGAAUAAAUUGCAACUAGAUGUAUCGAUUUUAUAUGUACCAAUGACAUUAAUAAACAAAUUUAAGUGUCAACAGACUUUGAAUUUACGAUUAACCAAAUAAAAAUAUAGACAAAUUCGAUUUUAAAAAUUCAUAUGAAUAUGAAGUUUCGAAAGAGUAUCAUGGCUUGUCACGGACGAUUAAUUCUAAGAUAACCUCAACGAAUAAAGUACGAUGAGACAGAAGAUGCUUCACAACAUUAGUUCUGAGAGUGCGCUCACUAGAAACUAUGUUACGAUAUUUAUUCUUUUUUUCAAUAGCUGCGAGUACAGCUAUUGCAUUAAACAAUAGCAAUGGCAGCCAUGAUAUUUCGGCAAAAAAUUGUACAACCUUGGAAUGCGUACUUUUAGAUAAUUUAAUAUUAAAUGAUAUCAAUAAAUAUGGAGAUCCGUGCAAAGACACUUCGUCUUACCUAUGUAGCAAGGAUACAUUCACUUUUGGAAAAAAAGUAGGAUCAUUUUCGAAUCCUACUGAAUUUAAGGACUUGAUCACACCAAUAUUAGAUGGAUCUGAACAACAAAAAUUCCAUGAACUGAAAUCAUUAAAAAUAGAACAAGAAUUAUUCACAGCCUGCAUGAAAUUUGGAGAAAAUAACAGUUUCGAAACCAGUAUGGAAGAGUUUGAUCGCUUACGCACUAAGAACAGUUCAUCUGAUUCUUGGCAAGACAUACAUGAAGAAUUUAAUUCAUUAGGAUUUGGUUAUACGUUUUUUGACAUAAAUAUAAUAAGAAAUCCUAGACAUCCAGAGAGAAACAUUAUUACGCUGCAGCCAUCUAAAUAUAAAUCUAUUCAAAUAAUACCAAAAUUAAUACAGAGUUUUUUUCAAAUUGUUGAAUUAUCUCGAGAGUUGGAUACUAAACUGAUUAAUAAAACCUUGCCAAAUCAAUAUUCAAAUAUGCUACCUAAUAAAAAUGUUAAACAGUUUUUGGCAACCUUGGUUCAGAUGACUUUAGACAUAAGCAAUAGUACCAAAACAUACAUGUCUAUCGAAAAAUGGAAUCAAACAUAUAAUGAUCAUUAUGAUAACUAUUCGACAGCUCAAAUAGAUUGGCCUCAUAUAUUUGCACAAAGUUUUAAACAAGCGGAUAUAAACAUUGACAACACUGAAAUAAUAUUAAUUAAUCAAGUAAACUACUUCAUGAAAUUAGCUAAAAUUUUAUCAACAACACCAAACGAAACCAUAGCUGAAGCAAUAAUAUUUAUAUGGAGAUUCCAAAUUUCACGUUACCAUAAACUAAUGCCAUUAGAAACCGUAGAUUUACAAGCUGCAGAUAACUUAAGAUACCAAUGUAGUAUUGAAACACAGCUGUAUGCAACAUCGUAUGUAAUAUUGCAUUUUUGGGAAUCAGAUGAAAAAGUAAUGUAUCGACGUCGAUAUUUAUUAGAAAAAAUAACAAAAGCUAUACAAAAUGAAAUUCUCCAAUCACAGACCUUACAUGAAAAUGCAAAACUGUACUACAGCAAAAAACUAAAAACUAUAACUUCAAAUAUAAUAAAAGGCGAUUGGAAUCAGAGUUUUGUAUCAAAUUACUACGGUGACUUCAAACUAACGGGCAACUACUAUACAGAUAUUUUGAACUAUAAAAAAAUAAUAACAAGCAAAAGAUUAAGAAAUCUGAGGAAUUCACCAGAAGUUACUGAGGAGGGUGUACCUUUUAGUGUCAACGAGCUUUUUAAUAUUCGUAACUAUUUGGUUAUUUGGUUAUACACAUUUGGAUACAAACACGAUGAUGCCUUACUAAAUCAACUGCUGAAUAUAUCAAACGAAUUAUUGUUCAGUACUUAUGGAGUUAAACUAGCAGGAUUCAUGUAUACAUUGAUGACUAACGAUUUAUUGAAUAAUGUCUUAUCCUAUGAGCCAGUUCCGUUAAUAAAUAUUGUGGAAAAUAACAUAUUUCGUUGCUUUUCGCGUGAAAUAAGCAAUCGUAAGAUGAAAAUGUCUGACGAUCCCUUCCUGUACAUAAUCAAUAACGGAACGGAAAAAUACUAUUUCAAGAUUGACGAUAUUGUAGAAAAUUUCGCCAUACGAGUUGCUUAUAAAGCCAUGCAUGAUGAGAAUUGUGUUAGCUCAAGUGAAUCUAUUUGCAAUACAAUUACAAAAGAACUUGGAAUUACAAGUGAAAAGCUUUUCUUUUUAGCUUAUAUUAAGUCCAAUUGUAACCGAUCAGAAAGUUUGGCCAAAAUAGAUAAUACACUUAAAGAUUUAGAAGAUUUUUUAACUGUUUUUGAAUGCCCUAAGAACCCUCAAAUGUCUAGGAACUACAAGAAACAAAUAUGUAAUUCAACUCUUUUUGACAUUAAUGAUGGAAUCUUUAAUCAUGCUUGAAUUUAUUGAUCGGCGUUAUGAUUGUAUACAAUAUUAACAUUUGAACAAAAAGAUAUUUGCAUUUGCAUAUUAUAUUUACAAUUCAACGUGUGAAAUAAAUAAUAAAAUUAGCAAAUUGAAUAAAUGUACUACCAAAAAGCAGAUUAAACAGUAUCGACAUUAUUGUGAAUGAAAAUUAUGACUAUAUAACUAUUUUUUCAAGAAAUAAAGUUUUUUCAAACU